AGUGACUUGGGAGAAGCCAUGAACCUCACUUGGAGGAUUCUGGGUGGAAACUUCAGUCAUCUGCUCUGAGAGUUAGAAACUGACACUGAGCAGCAGCUGAAGGCUUUUACAGGCUCAGUCUCAUUUUCCUCAGACUUCCAAGGCCUCUCCUGCAGCCACCCCACCCCAAGAUGGUGACCAUGCUGAUGUUCCUGGCCAUGCUGGCGGGUCUCUUCACCACAGCCAAAGGACAAAGUUUCCAUUUUGGGAAAUGCCCGUCUCCUCCUGUGCAAGAGAAUUUUGACGUGAAAAAGUAUCUUGGAAGAUGGUAUGAAAUUGAGAAGAUCCCAGCGAGCUUUGAGAAAGGAAACUGCAUUCAAGCCAACUACUCGCUGAUGGAGAACGGAAACAUCAAAGUGCUGAACAAGGAGCUGAGUCCCGAUGGAACCAUGAACCAAGUUAAGGGUGAAGCCAAACAGAGCAAUGGCUCAGAGCCGGCCAAGCUGGAAGUCCAGUUCUUUGCGUUGAUGCCACCGGCACCCUACUGGAUCCUGGCCACCGAUUAUGAAAACUAUGCCCUUGUGUACUCCUGCACCACCUUCUUCUGGUUCUUCCACGUGGAUUUUGUUUGGAUUCUGGGAAGAAAUCCUUAUCUCCCUCCAGAAACAAUAACCUACCUAAAAUAUAUCCUUACUUCUAAUGACAUCGACAUCAAAAAAAUGACAAUAACAGAUCAAGCGAACUGCCCGGACUUCCUGUAAAGGGGGUGGGGGUGGGGGAACCACUCCAGGUUAUUUCUUUGUUUUUGCGUUCCCUGGCUCCACCCCCAUGCCUCAUAAGGACCAAGCAAUGGUGGCAGGCACUAGAGGGAGAGGAAGGCUAUAGAAGCCAAUGAGGGAGAGGACUCAUGGAAAGUUGGCCCAAACCCAACCUGACCCCACACUGUUACCUUGCUAGCCCAAUAAUAAACAUUUUGCUGAUCGGC